AGGGUAGGUGCUGCAAUGAGGUGGCUGAAGAGUGCCGGCUGUUGGCCGUCGGCGCUGCUCCUUGCAGGCAGAGUCGGGCUGCGCGCAGGGCCGCGCACAGCCUCGGGCAGCCCGCGAGACGCCGGCGAGCUGCAAGGCGAGCUGGACAGAUUUGGGGGCGUCUCGGUGCAUCUGGCGCGGCACCGCGCGCUGCACGGGCUGGACGCUGCGGCCUUCCGGAGGCUCUUGCAGGCUGCCCUACAGCAGUGGCGGUCAGAAGGAAGGGUGGCUGCAUGGCUGCACGUCCCCAUCCUGCAAAGCCACUUCAUCGCCUCUGCGGCCUCCCUGGGCUUCCGCUUCCACCACGCAGACUCCCACUCCUCAACGCUGACGCUGUGGCUGGGAGACGGACCCAGCAGACUGCCGGGAUAUGCUACGCACCAAGUCGGGGUUGCAGGUGCUGUAUUUGAUGAUAGCACCAGAAAAGUGCUGGUUGUACAAGAUCGAAAUAAAUUGAAAAAUAUGUGGAAGUUUCCAGGAGGCCUGUCAGAGCCUGGAGAAGAUAUUGGCGACACAGCAGUCCGAGAGGUUUUUGAAGAGACUGGUGUGAAGUCAGAAUUCAGGUCCCUGCUAAGCAUCCGGCAGCAACAUGGGAGCCCUGGAGCCUUCGGGAAAUCGGACAUGUACCUGAUCUGCCGCCUGCAGCCAUGUUCCUUCACUAUCAACUUCUGCCAGCAGGAAUGCUUGAAGUGUGAAUGGAUGGAUCUGGAAAAACUAGCCAGGAUUGACAAUACCACCCCCAUCACCAGGAGGGUGGCUAGGUUAUUGCUGUAUGGACACAGGGAAGGGUUUGACAAAAUUGACCUCAGCAUGGAGGAAUUCCCCGCAGUGUACACAGGCCUGUUCUACAAACUCUAUCACAGGGAACUGCCAGAGAGUUACAGAGACACAGCGGGAACAGACUGAAUGCAGACACUGGAGGGACCCAAAGAUGGACAUGGUCUGCGCCUGACACCCGACGCCAGUUUUCUCACAUACAUGAUUUUCAUGAUGGAAAUCUGUAAAUGUACAUACUUUUAAAUCCUCUUCUCAAAUAAAGAAAAUAAAUGAAAAAGAU